CCCGCGUUGCCGGCCGACCCGGAAGAGCUCGGCUCGGCUCGGCGCGGCCCGGCACGGCCCGGCUCGGCUCGGCUGGGCUCGGCGGCGGAGGCGGAAGAUGGCCGAGUCGCCGGAGGAGGUGGCGGUGCUGGUGCAGCGGGUGGUGAAGGACAUCCGCAACGCCUUCGCGCGGAACCCGCACAUAGAUGAAAUUGGAUUAAUACCCUGUCCUGAAGCCAGAUAUAACCGGAGCCCUAUAGUCCUGGUAGAAAACAAGCUUGGUGUGGAGAGCUGGUGUGUCAAGUUUCUUUUGCCAUAUGUCCACAAUAAACUUCUACUCUACAGACAAAGAAAACAAUGGCUGAACAAAGAUGAGCUGAUAGAUAUCACGUGUACGCUGCUGCUACUGAACCCAGACUUCACCACGGCUUGGAACGUGAGGAAAGAAUUAAUACUAUCUGGCACUUUAAAUCCACUUAAAGAUUUGCAUCUUGGAAAACUGGCGUUAACCAAGUUUCCAAAGAGUCCAGAAACAUGGAUUCAUAGACGAUGGGUGCUGCAACAUCUAAUUCAGGAAAACUCCUUGCCCACUCUUGUGAAUAAAGGAAACUUGGGAGCAGCACCUGUGGAGAGAAUUCAUCGACUAGUGCAGGAGGAAAUGAAUGUCUGCUCUGAAGCUGCUGGGAGAUACCCAAGUAACUACAAUGCCUGGUCCCAUCGCAUCUGGGUUUUACAGCAUGUGGGAAAGCUGACUGUCAAGAUUCUCCUUGAUGAACUUACUUCCACUAAAUAUUGGGUAUCCAUGCAUGUCUCAGACCACAGUGGAUUUCAUUAUCGCCAGUUCUUACUCAAAUCCUUGAUAAGCAGAACUGUGAAUGAUGAUAAUACACUGGUACGAAAUCAAAUGGUGAAUGAGCAAAACCCUAGUCUUCAAAAGGAGGAAGAAGGUGAAGGCGCAGAAGCUGCCUGUGCGGAGGAGCAGAGUGUGGAUAUCCCCCACUAUUUAGAGGAGGAGUUGGAUCUCUGCACUGAUCUGAUUGACACUUACCCAGGGCAUGAAACCUUGUGGUGUCAUAGAAGGCGUGUGUUCUACCUUCAGCACCACCUAGGCAACAGACUUCCUCUUCUGAGUGCGGUUGUGUCAUCUGUGGACAGCAGUGAUGAAGCUUUUCAUAAUUCACACCCCUGUCCUGCAACACGUCACGUGGCACAAGCUAUGGAUGUUGAUGGUUUGAGUGAAUCCAGCAGCAAACAAGGUUAUACUCAAGAAACAAAACGGCUGAAGCGUGGUCCUUUGCAGGACUCUGUUGGGCCAGAAACAGAAUACCGGUUCGUUGAUAAAGUUUUAUCAACUUGCAGAGAUGCGGACCAAGCCAGGUUUGCUACUGCUUAUAGGAAAUGGCUAGUUACUUUUUUAGGUCAGUGAAGGAAGUGUUUAAAGCCUUCAGGGUUGUUCUUUUAGUGCAAUAUUCUCUUUUCAGACACAAACGCAUGUCUUCAUUGCAAGUGUUAGCUAACCAUGUGUUUCUCACUCUUUUAAUGGUCAGUCCUAAAAUUGAUACUCAGAGUAGAAGUUUGUCACUUUAUUUAUUAAAGAACUGGCAUACCUUUUUACUAAGCAAAUAUAGUUUGUUGUCCUUUAACCUUUUAAGAAGUCACUCUUUUUCUACCUGUGUGCCAGCUUCCUACCAUGCCAUUGUCUUAUUUUUUAACUUCUGCAUUAAGGUGGACUCUGAAUCAUGUGGCUUUUAAGAAAAAAAAAAGUCUGCUUUUGAAACAGAGUGUCUGGAAAAAGAAUAAGAGGAUUUGUCAGUACCAGCUUAACCUGUUUCCAGGUUUUUCCUCUCUACUAUACUGGAUCAUGCUAAAACUGUAUUGGAUUCAGACUAUAUUCAGUGAGUGCUAUUACUUUUGUAUUAGCUACCUUUGGCAGAACACCAGACUGCAGUGUUUCUUCCUUGAGGAAAUAAUGGUGUUGGAGUCAUAUCUUUUAUUAUUGUUACUUUUUUCCCCUAUUAGUUGUCACGAGUUUGAUAAGAAAGUAUAUGAAAUUGAAAUUCUGAAAAGCAGAUGCAUGAAAAUGAACUAUUUUCCGUCACAAGCACACACACACAGUCAGAGCUAUAUUUGGAAAUAUUUUUCAUAGAACAGACUUCUUUACCUUCAUUUCCUGCUUUGUAUUUAUUUAUUUAUUUUACCUCAACAAUCCAGAAUUAAUGACACUUGAUAUACAUUUCUGAAUGUAUUACGUACACUACAGAAUAUCAGCCUGCUAAGUCACAAAUUGAUAACUUGUACUCAACCAACACCAUACAAAUCCAAAAGAUGGUGGACUAAAAAGUAAUUCUGCUGACUGGUUGUUGAGACUAUACAAUUCAAAAAAAGACAGCAGGAGGGAGCUGUCUCUUCACUUUUGUUCGUCUGCAGGGCUUCAGUGGUUUGUUUUGUUUCUGUUUUUUUUUUUUUUUUUUUCCCCCCCCUUUGGAACCCUCUUUCAUUGCACUUCUCCAACCAUAGGACCUCUGUUUACAUAACUAUAAAUUUUAAGGGGAUUUGAUAUACAUUUCCGUUCUGGUGGAAUUAAACAUGAAUGGUUUAUUUUGUUGUUUCUUUAGGAGUUGUCUAUAUAAGGGAUUUUUAAGGGGAGAAAUAUUGUACAACUGUAGAGGUUUGUACAAUGGCAACAUUGCCUCUGUUCCAAACAGAGAAUAUUCACUGAGGGUAUUAGAUUUUUUAAGCUAGAGUCUUCGCCAAAAUUGCUGUAUAUUUCUCCUGCCCAAAGUGCCUCCUGACUACAAUAAGUUUUAAGCUGCUGUUUCUGUUGGGCAGAGAGAGAGAGCACGAACGAGGGACUGAAAGAUAGGUAGCCUGCUCAAAAACGUUAUCACCUGAAAAGAAAAAAGGCACUUGAGAUGUGGAAUUCGAACAGUCCUAAAUAAUUUGGUGGAUAGAGGUUACUCAUGCAUUUCAGAAUAAAAAUUGACCUCGUCUCGUCUUAGAGAGGAUGUUCAUAAUCCAUUUCAGCCACAAAGUAGCAAACAGAGACAUUUCUAAAUAUGUGCUCUUCUGUUUGUAGUACCUAGAUACAUCUGACUUAGGCUUGAGGAUCUGCAUGGCAAAGCUUUGUCUCUGUCAGCCUACACUUUCCUCUGUAAAGGUAGGGAGAUUAUGGCUGUUUGUUUUGAGUUGAUCUGAGAUGCCAUCUUGGUUGAUGGUUUUAGUUGCAGAAUAAUGUAGCUGAUGUGUGAAAGGGGUGUGGGAAUGGCUUGAGAGGAUUAUUAGGUCAUAAGAUGUUUUCUGUGUGACCACUGAAAAGUGGGUACAUUCAGGUACAAACUAGAGUCAACCCAACUCUAGCAAGAAGUUACACCCAUCCCAGAAGAUACAAUAUGUUUUGCAUAUGAAAGAUACACUAAGGCAUGUGCAGUAGCCUGGGUCAGCUUGAUUACAGAUAUCCCAUUAACGACUAGUAUGAACUUGGAAAGUGUGACAUCAUUUGGCAGUCUAUUAAGGACCAUAUUUGUGGUCCUUGGUUAGUUAGACAGUAACUUAGUUGCAUUUUCUUUGUUUACCUUUGCAAAAAUUACCUCCUCAUAAGAAGAACAGAAGCAGACAGAAGACUGAGAAGUGGGAGCAGGAUAAGAAAUGUUUCUGAAACUGUGGGAGGGAAGAAAUGCUCCCUUCUUGCACUGGAGUGAUUGAGGCUUUUAGAGGAACUUGCAAGAUUUAUGCCAGAGCCUGACUUGAAACCCAUACUAUAUUUCUUCCAGACUAUAAUCUGGAGUCUUGGCUUUCCUGGAGCUAAAUCAUGGAAGUACUGUGCUAUUGAAUUUGACAGUCUUCGUGACAUAAACACUUAGGAUCAAACAACUGCCCUCAAAUGAAUGUGUGCAGUUCCUAUUUUUGUCAGCAGGAGUUAUGCAUGCUUAUAUGAAGACAAGAUUUGGUCCUACAUAACUGAAUAGAGUUUCAUUGUGCUUUUGUGCUUGGAAGAUGUUCUGAGAGCUCUGAUUAGAGAUGGUGCUCAUAUUUUAUUACUUGCACAGAACACUGGUGACUGUAGAACGAAUCCAAAGUGUGAAUUUUUAAAACCUAUACCCGAUGGAAAAAUUCCUUUUUUUUUUUUUUUUUUAUCCAACGAGAAUUGCUGCUUUUAGAAAUGUUUUCAGAAUAGACUGCCACACAGAAAAGUAAACAAUGGAAAUGAAUUUGAUUGAAACAAGUCAUGUUUUCCAUUUGGAAAGACAUGCAAACAGUAAGCUGACAAAAAAAAAAGGCUUUAAUUUUUUUCACUGUAACAAUGUAAGUUAUAGGGAUGAAUAAAAUAGAUAACUAAAUUAUUUCUUGUUGUCAGUGUCUUGAAGCCUCUUACAUGAAAUGAAUGAAGAGAUACUUAGAGCAAAUUGUAUUAAACUCACAAUGAUAUAAUGUUCUGGAACUAUGAUCUUUGGAACACACCUAUUUAGACAUUCAAUAUUAGUUCAGAGUCCCAUUUGGGCAUGACUUACAGCAAGAAAAGUAGCUUCAGGGCAUUGGCAGUUAACAUGAAGGGAGGUUACUGUGUAAGGAUCCUUCAGAUAAUGCAUUUCAGUCACUUUGUAUUUCAGAGGUCAGAGCAUUUUAAUGUCAAUCUUCUCUAUUUCAUGGAGAAAAUGUCCAACAGAAACUGCAGAAUACAAGGCUCUAACUCUCUGUUGUAAGUUCCUUCAGUUAUAAAAUCAAACCUUGUACAUCUUUAAACAUCUUCAUAUAGAAUUCAGCAUCUUUACUGAACUUAUCUUCUACUGUAGUAGGUCACUUGCAUUGAUGCACAUUCUUUUUGUUCACUGGAUUAAUCCUUGUAGAAAUUUAUUUGUGCUAGAAAGAAAGGGUUUUGAGGAACAAAUGUAAUUUGAAACUGCAGAAAUUAGAAUGGAAGGAAUCACGGUUUUAAUGGGUUGAAUUUGCUGCUGCUACAUACAUUAGCUGUUAUUUCACUGGCAUUUGGUAUCUUGUGUGUUACAGUCACUGGAGCAACGUGCAGCAUUAAAAAUAGCUACAAUAAACCUGUAUAAUGUUGAUGUUGGAGCACAUCACUAUAGCUGCUCUGAUUAAUAUUUGUUAAUCUACUUAAACCUGCAUAUUAGAGUUUUGUUGACUUCUUACAUUCUUUAUACAAUCAAAUCCUUGUGUCAUUUAAAUAUGGGGAAAAGUAAAUAGUUUACACAGUUUAAUUAACUUAUAUAGAACUUAUGUUAAGACAAAUAAGCAAAGUGAUAAUAUGGUAAGAAAGCUUAGAAUCUGUUCUACAGUCAAAAUUUCUGGCAUUUCUAGUUUUGUGCUAGUCCUACUUCACUAGAAUAUGUAGCUAGUCUUUACGGAUAGGAUUGAAUUUUUUACUAAGUAGAUAAUUAAUUUUUAAGCAGUAUUGUCUAAUAUUGAUGAGCAGAAACAAAGGAUCUUGGAGAAGCUUGUCUGUCUAGCCAGACUCGGCAAGCAUGCUUUUUCAGAAUAACAUAAUACAAUGAACAAAAUGUGACUACCACAGAAUAAUGUAAGCAGUGAGUCUUCAGAGAUUUGAUGGACUGAAUUUUUGGACAAGGCUUUUUGCUUUGUUUUGCCUUCAGUGAGGGAGUAAUGAUCCUUAGAUUUUAUUUGUAUUUGGUAGAAAGUGAACCUUUGCACUCUAGUGUAGGGACAAAAAAAAACCACAACUGUUGGGUUGUAUGUUCUAGAGCAAUUAUGGAAAUCAAGCAGUGAAGUGAAAUGUAGAUGUGACUUUUAAAUGUAUGUUUGUCUUGUAUUCAUUUGGGGAUAAGAGUUCUUUACAAUUGGAACUUACUAUUUUUUAAUGUUAGAUAUAAGAGGGGAUAAAUCACCUAUUCUCAAAUGCACUUAACACUCAAGUUAGUUUCAAAGGAAGGUCAGUGUCCCUGUCUAAGAAAAUUUUCCUUCUUUUUUGCCAUGUGUUCAGAGGUAUGUUUCCUUCAGAACUUCUUGUCUAUUCUUCCAACCAGCAAAAGAAGAAUGUAGCAAAGCAUUGGUGAGGUGGCCUCAUUUCAUGUUUAAAUAACUCUGUCUACCUCCCAAAAAGUGCUCUGAUUAAUGUCCUUAACGGGAGUUAAUCAGGCUCAGUUUUUUCGGAAACCACAUGCCAGGCCUAAACCCUCUUUCAGAGGUGAAAAGCUUUAUCUAUGAAGCCAUCUAGUUUCCCCAGAACAGUUUAAGGGUGUGUUGGGAGGGGUGUUGAAGGAAAAAAAAAAAAAAAAAAUGUGCGGUGGUAGAUGCUUCAGGUUGUAGUUAAAUUUGGGAAAACUAGAAUUAGCAUAAACUUUCAUUAGUCUUUUCCUCUGAAAAAGCGAUGUAUUGCUAAAAAAAAAAUGGAGGAAAUAUGUGCUUCCAAGAAAUUUCUUGUAGACAGUUUAUGCUUUUCAAGUAUAAACCUGACACUUUCUAGUGGCUUUUACUUAGUGUGUAAUGUUACUUCUCAGGGCAUAGUCAAUCAUAGUGAAUUAGGGUACAUUUUUACAGUUUAUAAUUAUUGAUUUAAAAAUAAAACCUAAAUGCUAAACAUGUAGUAACCGGCUUUUAACAUUUUUUGUCUGGUGUAGUGUUUUAUAUCUACCCACACACUAAUACUGUACCUUACCAUCUCAUCUACAUCAUAUUUUUAUUCUGUAUCUUAAAUUACUGUUGUAGUCUUGCAGGAAUCUCCUGGGAGUUGCUGUGUUUCUUCUCUAAAUUUCCUGGUACAAUUCAGUAGGCUAUUCAGUGUACAGCUGAGUAUCUCACAUGGGCAUAGUUGUAAUGAUGGUAAGCUUUUUACUCUGUAUCUGUGUUGACAUGCUACGUAUCUCAGUUGUUUUUUUUAAAAACUUGUUAGGAGCCAAUAUUAGAAUUAACAAUGCUUUUAGUUGUUGGUAGCUGGCAUAUGUUUAUUGAUGAUGUAAAUACUCAAAGGUUGGACUAGAUGAUCUUCCAACCUAAAUGAUUCUAUGAUUCUAUUCUGAAGAGCGGAACUCUUACCUGAAGUCUAGUUUAUUAAGCAUCUUUUUCUGCACCAUCUUAAACCUGCUGCUAAUGCUUCUAUAUAGGUGGAGGUGGGGAAGAGCCCACAGCAAAAAGGAGGUGUGUAUUUUGUUCACAGGACAUGUUCUGAAUAGAAUGUAAUUAUGGUGAAACAAAGAGCUUUUCUUGGAUGAGGUAUUCCUGUAUGUUCCUUUUGGAAUUGGUAUGUCACUAAUACAUUAUGAUUCCCUGAAUGAAUGGCUAUGUAGAAUGAAUAGAUAAGUUUGGUGUGUUUUUUGUUGUUCUUCUUCUUUCUGUUGUUUGUUUUAAGCAGAGUAUAGAUUACGUUAUUACCUGUUGAAAAGUCACAUAAAUGAUGCAAGGUACCAAAAUUUUUUUUUUAAUAAGAUAAAAUAUGUUUAUACCUACUAUGUUAAUUCCCUUUUGUUCCAGUUCUUUUUUGAAGUGUCUACAUUUAAAACUGGGUAGCUAUCUUGUAAAAUGUGUUUGGGAAUGUAUUGUUUAACUUCAUGUAAUAAAAAAUAGUGGAUGUCUUAAAUGGUUUUAAGUAGCAUUAAGAUUCAUGAUAGUGAUAGCACUACAGUAUUUAAGUAUGCCAUUAAGCACUAAUUUUGUAGCACUCUCAUGUACAUCAAAAUACUAUUCUACGUAGGGCAAAAUGUUUAUUUUAUCAAGAUAUGUGAAAAAGCAUUUAAUUCUCACAGCUUUCAUAUUAGGAAAAACAGUUGUUUUUAAACACUAUUUUGCAAUAUUUUUCUAUAAAAAAUUCUCAGAUGCACAUUUGUGACCAUUGUAAAUUUUUUGAUUUCCAGUGUUGAUAAAUUAGAUAAAUGGUAAGUUUUGUAGCAGAAAGAAUAAGAGAACAGUAAAACACUGGAAAGUAAUCCAAUAAAUGAACAAUGUUCUACAGGAUAAAGUUCAUUUUUCACUGGUCCUACUUUGUUAUAGAAUUAAUUAUUUUCAGGGAUUUUUUUUUUAUUAGUAGAGAUCUGGGAACAAAUUAUCGAUAUUUAUUCUCCCACAGUAAGCAUGUGUAUAUGUACAGGUGGAUGAAUGGCAGCAGAGCUGUGUUCAUGUACCGUCCUGUAAAAAAAAAAAAAAAAAAAAAAAAAGGCAAAAUCUCCCACCUAUGGCUAUUUUUGUGUAAUGCUGAUGAUCUAUGAAUAGAACUCUUCCAUGGAAGACCUGUCUUAAGUCUCUGAUUCUAGAAAGAUAAUUGCCAGUGUCAAGGUUUUCUGAAAGCAGCAAGAUCUCUCUUCCCCUCUGUGGGUUCGUCUUCCUUCCUUUCGUGAUCCUUGGGCAAACGUGCACAUCCACAGACCAAAUUAUUCGUGGUGGUGUUUGUUCCAAGUGCUUAUAGCUAAUGUUUGAGACAGUGAAAGAACUGGCAAGGUUCUGCAGACUGGGAGGACUGGGGAGUGUUCAGUUGGUGUCCUACUUGCCAGAUAGCUUACAAGAGCGCCCCAGGAGGAAAAAGGCACAUUUUUGAUGAACUGCUUUAGCAUCAGAGGAGACUAGAAAGAGGAUGUGAGACACAGGCUGGCAACUGAAAUUGAUAUUUGAAUUACAGACAUCAAAUAGUUCUUUCGGUACGUUAUUUUCAGUGUUUUCUCAUAUUGUCCUUAUGAUAAAAAAAAAAAAGUCACAUCAAAAAUUCUUUAAGUUACUCAUCAUUUUGAAUGCCUUCUGGUUUUGAACUACUGGAUUUGAAAUAUCUCUCUUACGGGGCUCCUUUUUUUUUUUUUUUUUUUUUUUCAAAAUGCUAGCACCUUUACUCUUUUCACCUAGACAAUGCCAUUCAUUCCAAAUGUUCUAAAAUGAGCACCUGAAAUCACAAGGCAUUAUUGAAAAUACUGCUUAUCAUUUUAAAUUCAAAAUUUAAAGCAGGGGCAUUUUCUGCUCAUAUAUGUUUCUUUCAGUUUAUCUUAUUGAUGGGGUGGGAAGGCAGAAGGGAUUUAUAGGAAGCCCUGAGCAGAUAUGUACAAUUUUGGUUCACUUAAUUUGGGGUUUCAUUAGAUCAGAAGGUUUAGUAUGAGCAAGUAAUAAAACCUUUAGAGUCAUUUCACAGAAACGAUUUGCAGGAUAUAGUAGUUUGUUGCCAGUUUGCAUGCUUGAUUUUAGAAUAGAACAGAACAGAGUAGUUCAGUUAGAAGGGACCUACAAAGAUCACCAAGUCCAGCUGCCCAACCACUUCAGGGCUAACCAAAAGUUAGGUUGUAUUAAAGAGGGCAUUGUCCAAAUGACUCUUGAACACUACAGGAGAAUCAGCCACCUCUCCAGGAAGCCUGUUUCAGUGUUUGACCACCCUUGCGGUAAAGAAAUUUUUCCUCAUGUCCAGUCUGAUCCUCCCCUGGCACAGCUUUGUGCUGUUCCUGUGCAUCUUGUCAUUGAUUACGAGGUAGAAGAGACCAUUUUUACUUCUGUUAAAAUGAGUGACAAAAUCCCCUCUGAUUUCACUGGCAAAGAAUCAGGCCAUACUGCAGAGAGGGCAUCAGUCACCGCAUGGUAGCUUUGACAUAAUUACUGUGAUGGAUUGUAAGUGACUUCAGAUCGUCAUAUUUAUGACUUCACAAAUAAAAGCUGUUAGGGUAAUGUAUAUUCAUUAGUGCUGUGGUUGAGGAAAAACUGUUCAGGUUCUGGACUAUUAUCGGUUUAAAAGGGCAGCUAGAAACAAACAUGGCUACUACCCAGGUAUCAAGAGCUAGGAAAACUUUUCUGGUUUUGUAGUUGAAAAAAGUUUCAUACUUUAUACCUGUGUGCUAACACAGUAACACAUAAAGAGUUCUAGGAGGUAUUGCAUAUCAAGAUACGCGUAUAGGUCAGUGACCGUGUAUGCAAAAUUCUUAGGGACAAAUGGUAAGCUUUUAGGUGACCUGUACUAAUUGGCGCAACACUGAAGGAAGAAAGUCUUAAUAAAUAGUGGAUGGCUUAAGUUUUACUGUUCUCAAAGUGUGCUGUAUACGUUUAUGGUGCAACAAUAAACUGCACAUUUGUCACACUGUCAUCUCACAGAUGCUUAUAAUUAGGUAACAAAUUUACUUUUUAAAAUGCAUCUACUUAAUGUUGAUUUGAGAUGUUCUAGAAUUAUUUGUUGUUAUCUAGUACUAGAUCUUUUCCUCUUUUUAAUCCUUCUCCAGUGGAACCUAGCCAGACACAGAUUUUCAUUGUUAUAAACCUAGCUUUGCUGUAAAGGGAAGUUGAAAUUCCACCAUAUAAAAUGUUCAGAUCUCUGGUGUCUAGUUAGAAACAUAGGAGGACAUCCUAACAUCGCUUUCCAGUUGUGCACACUGGGUUUUACCUUGUUUAUCUUGAAUAUUUUCUAUUGCAUGUUAAUUAUAUUUUUACAUAUUCUAGUAGUACAAAAUAUAUUUUAAAAAAAAAAGAACUUCCCUAGAGCCCUAACCAUUCUAUGCAGAUGUCUUCCAAAAUUUACAGGUACAAUUUUAGUGGUGGUGGUGAUAAAUGGAUUUUUUUUUUCACUUAUUUAUCAGCAGACUUGUUUUUAUAUGUAUUAAUGAUAGAAUGUACUAAGCACAGCUGUAAGUUAUUGUAUUUCUGUAGAAAAUGGAAAAUAGUGUAAAAUUGUUUUUGUUACAUGUUG